GUCUCCGCCCGCCUCGUUGUUGCCGUCUGUUUAUACAAUCAAGCGUGUUGCGCUGGUGUAGCUGGUUAGCAGCUACACGUUGAUGGUGAAGCUGGAAAGGGAUUUUUUUCACCAUUUCCAGCUGCGGCCAUUGAGCGAAAUGAGAGCGGAGAAGCGGCGUCGGGAGCCGUGAGAGGACACGCGGCGCUCGGUCCUCCGGCGUGAUUCCCUUUCGGUUUCCGAGCCUCCUGCCGAGAUGCUCCUCCUGACUUUGACGCGGCUCUCUGUCACCUGAUUGCAAGCGAUGGGAGGGAUGUCCUUCUGUCCUUUCCCGUCUAUCGAGUUGGACCCGUGACAUGUGGCGAGGACACCGAGACAAUGUCUGUAGUCCUCCGGCUAUGUCGUAGGUAGUGUCUCUAUCCGCAGCUAACGCAGUUUGCCGGACUUCUUUCAGUCGAUGUUUCCCCGUUAAGGCGCGUCUCAAGUGUUUUUUGCCCGUAAGUCACCAUGUCGGACCCGGAGAGGUCUCUGUCCGUCCCGAGGACACUCAGCUACGCGGUGGGACAUGUCCUGAACGACCUGUGUGCCUCGAUGUGGUUCACAUACCUACUGGUGUUCUACCACUCGGUACUGGGAUUCCAAAACACCAAUGCAGGUGUGUUGCUGCUGGUCGGCCAGAUAGCGGACGGCGUGUGUACCCCUCUCAUCGGCUACGAGUCGGACCGGACGCCGGGCUGUGGCAACUACGGCAAGAGGAAGACGUGGCACCUCGUCGGUACACUGAGCGUGCUGCUGUCCUUCGCCUUCAUCUUCAACCAGUGUCUGGGCUGCGGCGCCGGCACCCCGCAGUGGGCCAGUCUGACCUACUUCAUCCCGUUCAUCCUGGUCUUUCAGUUCGGCUGGGCCGCCACGCAGAUCUCCCACCUGUCCCUCAUCCCGGAGCUGGUCACCUGCGAGCACGCCAAGGUGGAGCUCACGGCGUACAGGUACGCGUUCACCGUGAUCGCCAACAUCACCGUGUACGCCGUGGCCUACCUGCUGUUCCACUUCCAGGCCGGACACGGCGGCGACGACGACGACCCGCUGAGCGCGGCGCUCGGACCACAAGAUGUCCACAUCUUCAGGAAUCUGGCGCUGAUCGUUCUGGCCAUCGGUGCUCUCUUCUCCCUCCUCUUCCACCUGGGGAUCACCGAGAGGAGGCCUGCAGCCGACGGGGAUGCUGGAGGGCAGGAGGAGGAGGGCAGGAGAAGGAGGAUGAAUGAGGAGAAGGAGGAGAAGGAGGAGAAGGGGGAAGGAGAGCAGCAGCAUCAGCAGCAUCAGCAGCAUCAGCAGCAGCAGCAGCAGCAGCAGCAGGAGGGGGAGGAUAGGGAGCCGAGGCUCAGCCUCUCCAGGCCCUCCUCGUCUCUCCUGCAGUGGAGAUGCUGGCUGCAGCAGCCCUCGUUCUACCAGGUGGCUUUGCUCUACAUGUGCACCAGGCUAAUAGUGAAUCUGUCCCAGACCUACAUCUCCAUGUACCUCCUCAACACUCUGGAGCUGCCCAAGAGGUUCAUCGCUACGAUCCCCUUAGUGAUGUACGUGAGUGGCUUCCUGUCCUCCUUCAUCAUGAAGCCCGUCAGUAAGCUCAUCGGAAAGUGUCUCACCUACUUCGUGGGCCUCCUGCUGAUUAUGGCCUUCUCCUACUGGGUGCUUUUGGAUGAGGACAUGGGCAAGCGGGUGUUCGGGGCCGCUGCGCUGCUGGGGGCGGGGUCAGCCACCAUCCUGGUCAUAUCACUCGCCAUGACCGCCGAGCUCAUCGGCGCCCAGACGCAGAGCGGUGCGUUCGUGUACGGGGCGAUGAGCUUCACCGACAAGGGGGCCAACGGAUGCGCCGUGAUGAUCAUCCAGGCUCUGCAUCCUUGCCACACUGUGGUGUGCUGUCCAGACUGCGUGUGGUUCUACCAUUACAUCAUGGUCAUAGUAACGGGGGGCGUGGCAGCCGUCGCAGCGUUGGCGCUCUGCUCCAUCCUCAUCUGGCCAAUCAGGAUCCGACCCCGUCAUCUGCCACUCAUCUCUGAGGAUCAUCCUACGCUCAACUAAGCCCCUCCCCCCUCCUUUGCUCUACAACUGGCGCCCCAUAAGCACGCUCAGCUGGACAGGAAGAGCUCUGAAAUUUGAUUCUUCUUCAGUUUCCUCUCAGGGAGGGGGUCACCAUCAGGCCGGAUUUCCCAUCAUUUUACAACCAACCUCUUGCUCCGUGUGGUGACUUUUAAGGGCUGUGGUGGCUGUGAGGGUUCCUCGUCUCCUGUGAGCAUCAGGGUUGGAGAACGAUGGGCAAAGGGCUCGACCACUGCUGCUCCACCGACGCACACCGGAGCCUCAAAGGGAACCAGAUGCAUUCUGGGCAUUCAUCUCAAACUCGGGAGAAGUGCUGUUCCUCGGGGGGGGGUGGAAGGACUCAGGCCUCGCCGCGCUGACAGGAAGUUAGCGCACGGCAGCAGAAACCCCCCCGUGGGGUCAGCCGACUGAGAAGAGGUUUCGUUCGUCGGGAUCCAGCCGGCUGCAAGAACUUGUGCCUCAUUGUUCGUUUGAUUAGCAGUUACAUUGGGGACCAAUUAGGAUGUGAUAUUGGUUUGAAUCGUUUUUCUUGGCAUUUUGUUUUACAUCGUCGCGAUCAGACCAAAGGGAAUCAUUUAUUCUAAUCUAAACUUGAGUAGCAGAAUUGUGUUCAAUAUGAAAUCACUUUAAAGGGAUCCACUCUAAAAUGUGUUGAUACGUGUGGCUGAUGAGGGAACUAUGCUGUUCAGUAGAAGUGUGUUGUCACUGCAGUGCCGACCCGUGUGACAAUCGUUGAUUUUAUUUCCUUUUUAUGUCUUUGUUGCACCACUGAGUGUCAUUUUGUUAAUCAUUAAACCAAAAAUGUGUCUGCGUGA